AUGGAGGCCAUCCGAACCGCCGCCAACGAUAUCAGAAUAUAUAUCCCACACGCAGAGGACAAAGAAGGUGAAGGCAAUGGAUCGACACAACUCGCCGCCGGUCUAGAUUCCAAAGAUGGACCAAGCUCAUCCGAGUCGCUCGCAGCACCGAAUACCAAGCUUCCAUCUUCAAGCUCACCCUCAUUUCCCAAAUUCGGUAAAAUCACUGCAACAUUUGGAGAGCCAGAUCCACCAUAUGAAAACGCCAUAGCAUCACACAAACUCCACAAUGAAAUCCAUGGAUACCCGCACUUCAUUCUGCGCGAGAAAAUGCUCCGGGGUCUAUGGUCCAAGCACGCCUACAUCAUGACUAUCAUCGGAAACGAACUUGCAAAGCCAAAAGACGAGCGAUUAGCCUGGGUCUUAUGGCAUGAUCGCGACACAGUGUUGAUGAACCCGCAACUUCCUUUGAAUAUUUUCGUUCCUCCUUCACCGGCAUUCGAUCACAUCCACAUGCUCGUUACGAAUGACAGGAAUGGCCUUAAUAACGGGGUAUUCCUGUGCCGGGUAUCGGCUGCGAGCUUCAAGUUCUUUGCAAGUGCAUUGAGUAUCAGAGAGUACCAGCCUGAGAUACAGUUGAAGUAUACUGAGCAAUCAGGCAUGGAAGAAGUUAUUAAACGUGAGAACUGGAAUAAUAUUAUAGCAUACGUCCCUCAGCGCUGGUUCAACGGCUUCCCGCCCACCAAGAAGGAUCUAGCAGCGGGCAAGCCAUCGGCAUCCCGUCCGGGAUCCCUACUAAUUCACUUUGCCUCUAAUCGUGAUGGGAAGAGGCCAGAACGAAUGGCUCAUUGGAGUGCGAUUGCAAAGAAAAGAACAGCGGCAUGGGACAAGCCUGUUGAGAAGACAGGGUACAUCAAGGAAAUUACUGAGUACUGGGAUAGAUUAGGGAAAGGCGAGAGUCAGCAGAAUAUCAUUGAAGAUAUUGAAGGUCGUGUUUGGAAUUUAUGA